AUGACUGGAGCUGCCAUCCAUGAGACCAACCGCAUAGACGCCGCCAAAGUCAAGCGAGAAGCACGCAAAUCACAACUUCGCCCAGUACGCAACGCGACGCACAACCGUCUCCAACAGGUCCUCGAUGUCAACGGACAUUCCGGGCACGAAUUGGACUUGUUGGACUGCACCACCUGGACCACACCAACCGUCGUCCCUCCGUCCAACUCGUCCUCCAGGCCGCCAACUAACUCUGACUGCUCUUCUGAACUGCCACUUCCAUCCUCCUCCUCCUCCUCCACUGCUCCGAGGCCUGCCGUCGUGGCUUCCGGCGCGCACAUCAACACUGCACGCAAUCCUGAUCCAUCCUCAGCCGUCAACACCACCACCGUCGACAGCAGAGUUGAGGAUCAAAAUUACACCUGCCCUCACUUUGAUCGCAUUUGCACCUCACACAUCGGCCUGGUCAGUCACUUGCAAAUCCAUCGCACAGAGACUGGCGAACCAGUGUCUGGAGCACCAACCUACACCAGCUGCACCUACCUCAACUGUCCACACUGUCCUCGCACUUUCACGCAUCGCAUGGGCCUAUUCGGCCCCAUGUGCAUCCACGAGAGAGGAAUUGACCGCAACAUCGACACACCCACCCCGCCGAGCCCCACUCCCAAUUCAUCACCUUGCGCACCCACCACCCACUCCCCAACCGACAUCGACGCCACCGACUCUACCACCCCUCACUCGUCCCCGUCCUCCUCCUCUUCCUCCUUCACUGCCACAACGACGACCACUCCGGCGUCUGUAGCGCACGACUUCACCACAGUCGCACCUGACACAACAACAGGCACAACCCGUGCUACCUCCAUCAUCAGAGGUGAGGGCCAGGACUACAGCUACCCUCACUGCGAUCGCACCUUCACUUCCCGCAUCGGCCUGGUCGGUCACUUUCGAAUCCAUCGCACAGAGUCUGGCGAACCAGUGCCUGGCGCACCAACCUACACCCACCAAGCUCGUCUCCACUGCCCACACUGCUCUCGCACCUUCAUGCAUCGUAUGGGUCUAUUCGGCCACAUGCGCAUCCACGAACACCUGCGGUAG